AUGGCUGCGUCGUCAGCAUUCCCGCCUCCUGGUAGCUUUCUGGCGGCGGCGGCGAAGGCGGAAGAGGAGGAACGAAACGGAAACGUUAAGGCAGCCAAGGCAAUAUACGAGCAGCUAGUGGGUGAUGCCGCCACUCGCUGCCCCCUCGCCCACGUCCAGCUCAUGCGCUUCCUGCGCCGCACAGAGGGCAUGGAGGCGGCCAGAAAGGCGUUCCUGGCGGCGAGGAAGGCGCGGGAGUGUACGUUCCACGUGUAUGUGGCUUCGGCUUAUAUGGAGCUGUGCCACAACAAGGAGAGCAAGGUGGCGCGAAACGUGUUUCAGCUGGGGAUGAAGAAGUUUGGGUCUGAGCCUGGCUUUGUGCGCGAGUUCGCGCGCUUCUUGAGUCGUCUCAACGACGGCCAGGCCAUGCGGGAGUUGCUGCAAGGCGCCCUGGCGUCCCCAUCCCCUCCCCCGCACUCUGCAACCAUGCUGUGGGAGGAGCUUGUUGAGUGCGAGCAGCUCUUUGGGGACCUCAAUUCACUUCGAGAGGCACAAGAGGGUCGGCGAAAAGCUCUAGCUUCGGUGGCAAGCCCGAGCGGUGCUCCCGAGCCUGAGGUGGAGGUUUGGCGGGAGCAGCAGGACCUGGCAGACCGAUUUAGCUACUGCGGCCUGUUGCCGUGUGACGCGUCAGCUCUUCCUCCGAACCUAGAAGCAGGCUCGGCAGGUCCGAAGGAAAUACUGGCUCGGCUGAGGUCAGGGGAGGAUCAGGUUCGGGAAGCGGGUCAAGGGGCGGCAGAGAAAGCAGAAAGAGAAGCGAAGGAGGAAGAAGCAAGGAGCGGCAGUGGUGCAGCAGUGCCUUCUGCAGCAGCAGCACGUGCAGCAGCAGCAGCACGCACAGGAGCAGACACAGGAGCAGGAGCAGGAUCAGCAGCAGCAGCAGCAGCAGCAGCAGCGGUAGGGGCACAAGUAGCAGCAGGGGUGAAAGCAGAACCUCAGGAAUCGUCCCUACCUCCUCCUCUGCCUGCGUCUGUGUCUCUGUCUCAAGGCAUAGGGCCUGCGCCCCCUUCUGUCUCCUCUCUCUCUGCUGCUCUGGCUGCUGCUGCUGCUGUGCUCAUGCCUCGUGAAGGGGCAGCAGGAGCAGGAGGCGCAGCAGCAGCAGGGGCAGCAGGGGCAGCAGGGGCAGCAACAGAGGGUGGGGAGGAGGCGAUUUCUAGACGGGUGAAGGAGGAAGCAGGGGGUGGGGAUGGGCCUGAUGCGGUUGUUGGUGAUGGCGCCACUGCUGGUGCUGGUGGGGUGAAGGAGGGUGGGGAGAAGGGGGGUGGGGAGAGGGAGGGGGCAGCAGGGGCAACGGGUGUUAAGACGCAUCAGUUCGUGGCAAGUGCUGCUGUGGAGUGGAAACCUGGUUCCGGUCGCAAGCACGGCAUUGCAGCUUCCUCGAAGCUUCUUGAGGGCCUGCCCAGGUCCCUUGCGCACUUCGUCUCCCAGCUUCCUCCUCCUGUACCCGGCCCUUAUCCCGAUGUGGAUUUCAUCAUGUCGCUGGUCAUACAAGCAGAGCUCCCACCUGAGGCGCUAGCAGCCAAGUCAGGUGGUCUGCACCGCACAGCACCACCUGGAAUGGCCACUGGGGCACCUGGGCCAGGUGGCAGGACAGGUGGCGCCAUGCCAUUGGCAGGCAGCAAGCGCAAGGAGCAGGAAGAGGAGGAGAUUGCAAAUGCAGAGGCCAGGGCACGCAAUCCCCCGCCAGUGCGGGAUAUUUUCCGGCUGAGACAGCUGCAGAGGGCUCGGGCAGGCUCAUCUGUGACAGGCUCGUUGAGCGGAGGGGCAGGUGGGACUGGGGGAGGUACUGCUAGUGGCAGUGAUAGGUUUUCUGGAGGAUCAAUGUAG